UGAAGAAAGAGGCGGCUCACCUGGUCACAAGAGUUCAUUCACGGUCCUGAAGCUCUUAUCGAAGAUGGCGGUGCUCUGGGUGUCCGGCGCUGCUAGAAUAAGCCUCACGUGGAUAGUCUCAGGGGCUCCAUGUAGAGAAUUUUGGUCUCGAUUCAGAAAAGAGAAACAGCCGGUGGUGGCUGAGACAGUAGAAGAGGUGAAGAAAGAACCUAUCCUGGUGUGUCCGCCCUUACGAAGCCAAACAUACAUACCACCUGAAGAUCUCCAGAGUCAUUUGGAAUCUCACAUCAAAGAAGUUUUUGGCUCGUACACUCCUAGCAAUUGGCAGGACAUCUCCCUGGAAGAUGUUCAUCUGAAGUUCAGCUUCUUGGCACAUUUAACUGAUGACUUAGGCCAUGCAGUGCCUAACUCCAGGCUUCACCAGAUGUGCAGGGUCAGAGAUGUUCUUGAUUUCUAUAGUGUGCCUGUUCAGGAUAGAUCUAAAUUUGAUGAACUUAUUGCCGGUAAUCUACCUCCCAAUUUAAAAAUCACUUGGGGUUACUGAGAAGUUCAAA